AUACGGAAGUCGCUUUUCGCAUGCGUCUGACUUAGAGCAAUGUGACUUCCUGUUUCCGUACUGGAGUCAAGAUGGAAAAAGCGUUGGAAAGACAGCUAGAUGAAACGAUGAACAACCCAGGAGUUGUUGGAGUGCUGUGUGCAGAUAAGCAAGGGCUUUGUUUGGGAGCAAGAGGUACUGGUGAGCGUCAGACCUGUGGGUUGAUCACCAGCUUGGCAGAGACUGCCCAGAAACUGCACCCAGAUGAGUCUUCCUCCCCAGUCAUUAGUAUAGAGACAGACAAUAUGCAAAUCCUGAUCAAGUCUAAAGAGGGAAUAACCACAGCUGUGUAUAAGAGCUCAACGUGACAACAGCUGAAAAGAAUGUAUUUGAAAAACAAUGAGAUGACACCAGUAACAAUGAUAUGAAGAACAGUAAUGGUCAUACGUGUUGGGAGUCACGUACCCAAGGAAUUAUAAAAUUUCAACAAAUUUAGUGAAUCAACCAGCUGUGUAUGUGCUUUACAUGAAAUGAUGCUUUGUAAAAAGGAGUGUCAGGAACAAAUACCAUAUUGUCAUAUAUUGACAGCAUUUGGAAGCUGGAGUCAACGUCUAGAAAAAUUUACUGCAUUAACUUUGUUUACAAAUAACUGAAGUGACUUUGGCGCAAUAUGUGGUUGGGAACUUUAUGUAGAGGUUUAUCAAUUGAAAUAUUAAAUGAAAUUGAGGGAAGUUAAAUAAAACUUAAAAUAUUUACUUUGAGGGUUUUCUGUCACUCAUUAGAUGUGCAUGUUGUAUUAAGACCAUGUAGAUUGCGCUAGUUGUGACAGAACACAUCCUUUUGUAUUAGAAGUAUGCCAUAGGUUUCCUAAACAUUCCACAAUAAGAGACAGAUGUAAUAGGCUUCUUGGAGUUUUACAGAAUUAAAAGUCGCAUAUCAGUCUGUGCAUAUAUGAACAUAAUUGGCAUCAUUCUUAUAUUUUAAAAAUGAAGUGAAACUGAUGCUGUACAGAGUAACAUUAAUGCAAUGAUAAUGCAUAAGUGUAGGGAACGAGCCAGAGCUGACUGAUAAGUUUCUCUCAAUGCUUUGUAUGAAAGCCUGUUGAACUGUUCUAAAGCAGAUUACAUAUUACAGUAAUAUGACAACUAAUUUCCACAUGAUCAAAAUUAAUUGCUUUUUACAUGGAGUGUAGCCAAGCAAAUAAAAAAGUGGUCUGAAACAAGUUUU